UCUCAAGUUCGAUUAAUCAGCCGGUUCAUUAACAAUAGCUCUUUCGUUUAGGGCAUUGCAUUUAAAUUAAUUGUUUAAAGCUUUAGUUUUUCUAAUUUAAGUGUUUAAAAAUUGGCUAGCUGCCGUGCAACCCUUUUAAUAUACUUAACACAUAUAAGAAGUAGCCAUUAUGUGGAAAGCAACUGCCGGUCAUCAAAUACAGGCAACUAGCGCCGCCGAAGACGAUGACUGGGAAACGGAUCCUGAUUUUGUAAACGAUGUCAGCGAGCAAGAGCAAAGAUGGGGCUCCAAAACAAUUGAUGGCAGCGGACGCGACGGAGGCGGCGCCAUUGACAUGAACAAACUGCGCGAGGAGACGGAGAAGUCGGAUUUGAAUAAGAAGAAACAAUUGCUAAAGGAUCAAAAUGCUGGCUAUGGAUACGGCGGUAAAUUUGGCGUUGAGAAGGAUCGCAUGGACAAGUCGGCGGUAGGCCAUGAUUAUCAGGGCAAAGUAGACAAGCACGCGUCACAGGUGGACUACAGCGAAGGUUUCGGUGGUAAAUACGGCGUGCAAACAAAUCGCGUGGACAAAUCUGCCGUGGGUUGGGAUCAUAUCGAAAAAGUGGAAAAACACGAAUCCCAAAAGGAUUACUCCAAGGGCUUUGGCGGAAAGUUUGGCGUGCAGGAGGAUCGCAAGGAUAAAUCGGCAUUGGGCUGGGAUCAUAUCGAAAAGGUUGAGAAGCACGAGUCGCAGAAAGACUACUCUAAGGGCUUUGGUGGUAAGUUCGGCGUACAGGAGGAUCGCAAGGAUAAGUCUGCCGUCGGUUGGGAUCACAUUGAGGCGCCACAAAAGCACGGUAGCCAAGUGGAUCAUAAAGUCAAGCCCAUUAUUGAGGGUGCGAAGCCCUCAAACUUACGUGCCAAAUUUGAGAACUUGGCGAAAAACUCUGAGGAGGAGUCACGCAAACGUGCCGAAGAGCAGAAGCGUUUGCGCGAAGCUAAGGACAAGCGAGACCGCGAGGAAGCAGCCAAGCAAACGGUUGUCGAAAACACGCCACUACCAUCUGCCGAAGAGGCACGUACGCCGCCGGUCAAGGGCAGUCGCACAGCUAUACAGACGGGACGUUCCGGUGGUAUUGGCAAUGCCAUCAGCGCAUUUAAUCAAAUGCAGUCGCCGAUAGCUGAAACGCCGCCGGCACGAAAAGAACCAAUUGUCAUACCGAAGGAGCCGGCGCCCGUGGAGUCAGCAAAGCCUUCCGUGGCUGAGCAGCCAGCGGCUCCGAUAGCUGCUGUUGCUAAAGAGGUUCCGGCUGCAGCCGAGCCGAAAGUUUCUGCACCACCACCAGAUGUGGUGCCCCAAAUUGAGAUAGAGACUGUCGCCACGCCACCAUCAAGCGAGCCCCAAUCGCCAGCUCACGUCGCAGCUGUGGAGCAAACACCCGAGCCACACUCGCAACCGCCGGUACAGGUGCAAUCCCAGCCAGAGCCGCAGGCGGAGCUGGAGCAGGAGCCGCUUUAUCAAAACCAGGCAGAGUUGAAAUCUGUGUCCCCAUUGCCAGCUGCUCAAUCGCCAAUACCAGAAGCAGCCUCAGCGGCUGCAGCUAAUGGCACAUCGGAGGAGGCCAUCUACGCAAACUCUGAUAAUUUGGCGGACUAUUUGGAGGAUACUGGCAUACAUGCAAUUGCAUUAUAUGAUUACCAGGCAGCUGAUGAUGACGAGAUAUCUUUCGAUCCCGACGAUGUGGUUACGCACAUUGAGAAGAUCGAUGAUGGCUGGUGGCGUGGCCUGUGCAAGAACCGUUACGGCCUCUUUCCUGCCAACUAUGUGCAAGUUAUUAAUCAAAGCUCCUAAUCAGCAAAUACUUCCAUUUGAAAUUAUUAUCAGGAACAAAAUCAAAUUAUACACUAAAUAUUUAAUGCAGCGAAGAACCCAUGUUGAAUCAAACUACUGAGUCAUAAUUUACAAUAUAAAAACUCAUGUUUCCACUUGCAACUUAGAGAGGUUGAUUGAAUUAACAAAUUAUUGUAACUUUUCAUUUUUGUAACUUUUCGGGUUUGAGCAACGCUCUUUCAUGUCACAUGCAAUAUAUAUUCCAUUAUAUAUAUAUUUAUAUAUAUAUAUAUAUAUAUAUAUAUAUAUAUAUAUUUAUUAUUUAUCAACAUUCAUAAUCGAUUUUUAAAAAUGUUUAACAUGUUUAUUUACAUUCUUCUGUAUUUUUGUGCGUAUUUUUGAAAAAAUAUGCUAAAACCAUAAUUAUUUAUAGUCUUUUUAUACUACUAGCAGAAGCUGUUUUAUUUUAAAUUGUUCAAAUUUUUAAAUAAAUGUAAUUGUAUGUGUUUUGGAACAUGUCUGAAAUGUUUAAGUAAAUGUGUCAAAAGUAUGCUCACUUGUAUAAAGUUUAUGAAUGUUUUAUGAAUGUUAGACAAGAAAAAGUCUGUUUUAUUAAUAAAAUAACGCAAAAUAAAGUUUAUUAGUAACUUAAAAAAUACUAUUUUAAAA